GUCAUUUAUUGUGUUGGUUCCAUGACGCAAACAGGGAAGACAACAUGGCGGAAGACAAUGAUUCCACAUAAACAAACAAUUUAUCAUGAAAAUGAAAACGUGUGUCCCUUACCUUAAUUUGACAGUUGUAAGAAAAGAUACUAUGAUUUCAAUAGAAAUGUCGUAAUAAAAUGGGAGGAAAACAAAGUACAAACGCUCCAAGGGGUCGAACUUUUUCUGGAAGUGCUCCUGGAACAAGUCAUGGUGCUUCUGAAAUGGGGUUGUCUGGCACAGCUAAUGGCGCUCGUCAGAGAGCACGAAGUUUAGGUGCAUUUGUUGCAGGUUCUUCAAUGGGAAUCCCGAAUGGGAAUGGUGAUGCGAGAGGAGCUGGUUCUCCAGACUCGGAUUCUAGUACCCCUGAGGAUGGCCCCAUUUUUGGAAGAACUAACAUAGCACAUUCUUUACCAUUACAUUUAUUUGCCCUUCAUGGUAUAAAGUGUCCUGUGUGUUCUAAAUUUGUACCCCCAGAUGAUCUAGAAUGUCACCUAGUCAUAUGUUUAACCAAGCCUCGGAUUACUUAUAAUGAGGAUGUUCUAACAGAAGAUAAAGGGGAAUGUGUGAUAUGUUUUGAUGAAUUAAAUCAAGGAGACACUAUAGCACGAUUACCAUGCCUAUGUAUAUAUCAUAAAGCGUGUAUAGACAAAUGGUUUGAAAGAAACCGAUCCUGUCCAGAACAUCCACAAGACUGAGACAAACAAUAAAACAGUAUACUUGGGCUUUCAUUUUUUAUACACAAGUCAUUACAGACUAUUAGGAGAAUUUGUGUGAUGUGUGUUACCAUGGUAACAGAAAUGAUCUGAUAUAUACAUUGUGUAUAUUGAACAUUUUAACACUAUUCUUAUCGUUCCUGAGAUGGUGCAUUUUAUAAAGAGGAGCGCAUGAUAGCUAUCAAACAAAAAUAGAUACAGUGAUCAUCUCAUGGUUAUAUUUUUGUUAACAAACAUCUAAUUGCAGAGUCACAACAGAUAGAUGUAUUUAUGUAACUCACCAUUUAUAGAACUUUUCGGUUGCAACAUACAUUCGAGUCCAGCAAAGACACUACUGACUGUGAAGUCAAAAUCUUCUUUCUAAUGUGUGUGUUUGAAAAUUAUUAAAAUAAAAAUAAGAACAUUUGAUGUGAUAACAACAAAGAUUAACUGACACAAAUGUAAACAACUUAUAUUAUACAGCCUUCAAAAAAAGAGCAAAAUUUAUACCAUAUAGUAGUAGCAGGUCCCAGGAUGAUUAAAUAUGAACAAGCUUAAAUUAUCAGUUGAAAAUGGCUUGACUCAUCAUUAAAGUACAUUAUGAGAUGAAAAAUCUAUUUGAAAAGGGCCUUGACAAGUGCAUUUGUUUUUCUUAUGAUAUUUUUGUGUUAAAAAUGUACCAGUAUAUAUAGUGAUUUUUGUGUCAAAUUUUCAGUACACAAAAACUACACUUAAUUGCAAAGCUUAUAUCUGUAUAUAAAGUGUCUUGCUAGAGUUAAAUGUAUGUUAUAAUUGAAUUGAUCUGAUUUAAAGCAUGUAAUAUUUUGCUUGUUUCAUAAUGUACCGAUUGUCUACAAAUAAACCUGGGACUGGUUUUAAUUGUAAUUCUUGUGGAUAUUUUAUAUCUUGGUAUUGUGACAGUAUGCAGAGAAUCCUAAUGAACAUUUAGAUUCAUGGUUCACUUUUACUAGAGUAAUCCACAAACAUUUGGAAUAAUAAUAAAUCCACAGUUAUAAAUUCUAAACUGUAUAAAUCUGUUGUCUGAAUGGAUGUUUUAUAUACACUGUAUUUAGGUUUAAGCUGAGAUCACUAUGUUAUACGUCAACUACAUGUAUACCGGGGUAAUUGAUUGAAUAUUAGAUGGAUGGAUGUGUAUAUUUCUCUAUCAUUCUUUUUCUUGUAUCCAGUUUUGACCUGUUGAGUUACAAUUCAUAAAUCAAAGAUUACAUCCAGGUAUUCAUGUAAUUGUUCUACACGCCUGAGUGAGAAAAAUGAAUGGUUAACAGAAUUGUGUAGCUUUGAUGAAUUCUUGCUAAAUUAGUCAAAUCAAAGCUGUAUAAAAUGGAUCUGUAUACUUAUCUACUUUUAUUUCUAUGUUCGGUGUUUUAUACAUGGUCUCUUCAACUUGAUACCAAAAGAUACAAAGCAGUAAUUUGACAUAUUUAGAAAAAGGAUUACACUUGAAUGACAAAAACUCUGAUGGUCAAUACAAGUUGACAUUGAUAUAAUCAUAGAGUAAAAUACCUAAAUUUAGUAUCUUAGAACCAGACAAUAGGUUUCUAAAUAUUUUUAAAGGUCAGUUGAUAAUUUACUUGACUAAAAACAAGAAUUUGACAAAGAAACCAAAGAGAUGAUUUAAGUUGUAAAAUAUUGCUAUUGAUACUGAUCAUAGUUUGCCGUAUUUAUUUUAUGUUUAAACACAUCUUCCAUUUUGUUUUUAUCAGAUAUCUUAUUUUAUUAAUAUGUAAAUUAUGUUUACUUUUAAUCAUGCAUUGUAAGACAUGUACACAUGCAAGUUUACAUGUAUUUUGUUUAUUAUUUUACUCUUAAGGAAUUAAUGUUGAGUUGUUACAGUCAGAGAAAUUUUGUAAUCAAAAUUUUCUUCCUUUUUAUUGCUGUGCUGUCAUACAUGUAUGUUAGAAUCGGUAGAACUGAAAAAAGGGUACAUACAUUUAUUUUUUCUACACGUUUUUGCCAUAUACAUUUUUCCAUUCUUAAUAUUAAUUAUGAUAAUAAAGAAAAUUUUGUAGGUCUAGACAUUUUUCAAUUAUGAAAAUUUAGUUUUGAGGUCAACAAAUAUUUUUGAGAAUUUAUAGUGCUAUAUGAAUUUAAUUCAGUGAGUGAAAACAUUAAUUUUAAUUUUUUUUAUUUAUCUAUUUUUUUUUUCUCAGUUUGCUGGAGAUUUCACAAAAAAAAAGGGCAACAGCUUAAAACAAAAUUCACUGAAUAUACCCCUUGGAUUUGGAUGAAAUUCUUUAAAUUAAAGUAUAAAGGCUCAAUAUAUAUUACCAAUUGAAAAUUAACAUUGCAGGAAUUGGUUUUACACUUGUUUUAAAAAAUACUUUACAUGGAAAAUUAUAUACAGUUCUUAAUUCUCUGCAAUAACAUUUCUUCUUUUAAAACUGAAACGAAAAAUGUGCUUGAUAUGACUGUUAGUCUAUGUGCCUCAAAACUUAUGUACCAAGAAAAUCUAUUGAUGUUAUUCUAUUAACAGGAUGUUCAAAGUACAUCUACAUUAACAGUAUACAGUGCUCUCAUGUUUAUGUGUUAUGUUGUGAUAUUUUAGAUGUUAGUUGACAUUCACUUGAUUCAGGUCUCAUUAUUUUGUAUACAGAAAAUGCAAAAGAUAUUUGCAGCAAAUAAGCAUUUAAAUUCAUUUUAUAUCAUUUUGUUUUUUGAAGAUUCUCACAGAAAGGAAUUGAAAAAUUAUGUUGCAUGUUUUUAUCAUUUAUAGAUGUAAAUCAUAUAAUACUCUGAGAGUGACAUUGAAGGGAUGGAUUAUGGGUAAUAAAAACCCAUAUACUUACAUUGUUAGAUGGUUUAUAGAUUUGUCUUUUAUCGUUUAGUAUCUUCACAGUCAAUAUUUAAAAGAAUUUUGUUUCUUUAUCAUGUCUGCUAUCUACAACAAAAAAUACCACUACUAUUUACAGCAUAAAAAAACCUCUCCAGUGUCAAGUUGUGUGAAAUUGCUGUAAGAAAAGUUGAAAUCAAAUUAAGGACAAGAAUAUCCGGAAAAUCAGUUACUUUUACCAUGUUAAAUUAAUAACUUAACUCCUAUAUUCACAUAUACUAAAACUUUUGGUUUCUCAUGUAUGAUAAUUUACGGUCUACCUUUGUUUCUAUAAAUUAACUUCUUAGUUCAUUUUAUCAUUGAUUUAAUAAGGUUGAAAAUUCAUGACAAUACAUUGAACUGACAUCAAAUUCAUUGAAAUUGCCUUGCAAAUAUAAAUCUUGAAAUGAUACUUGAACAAUUGUCACUCAUGGAAAAGUUUAAUUUAGUGCCUUUCUAUCAUUAAUUUUACUGAUUUAAUCUUUGUUUCACCACCACUGUAAUCUUUUGUGUUGAUUGAUGUCUUUUCAUGUUUAUACUAAAAGAAAAUGUAUUAAAUUAAAUAUUCAACAAGACCCAUUGCUGUUUUCUGUUUUUUGUUUGGGUUUAAGUCUCUUUAACACAUUUUGAAUUUCCAUUCUCAAUUUUAAAUGUUUCUUAACACACAAAAAAUAACAUUUCUAUAAAAAAAAUCACUUUUCACUGUUACUGAAAAUCUUUAUUGGGCUAAUGUCAAAAUAGAUAUGUGGUGAAUAUAAGCUUCACUUGUGUAAAAGUAAUAUUUGUAUUUCGUUAGGUAUACAAAAUAAUGUCAAGUAAAGUACAAGGUGCCCAUAUUAUUAUGUAACUUAUAAAGGUGAUUUCUAAGUGUUCAGAGUACACAGGUUGGUCGGGUUGUUGUCUCUUUGACACAUUCCCAAUGUCAUUUCUCAAUUUAAAUUAUUUUAUUAUUUUAUAGAUUUUAAAAUUAAUUUUAAAUGUAAAAUUGAUGAAAUGUUUGAAAUAAUGUUGACACAGAAAAGUUUUUCAUAUUUCUACAGAAUGCUUUAUAUAUUUUUUUUCAUUGUUGACAUCCAGCUGUGAUUUUUGUAAUACAUUUAUCAUCAAUGAUAGUUCCAUUCAAAGCAAUACAAUAUAAUCUAUUUAUAAGAUAAGAGAUCAUUUUUUUCAUUUUAUUGAAAAUCAGGUUGGAAAUUUGGCUAAUAACUUUUGUUAGCUACCAGUGGCCAGUUGUGAAUAAAUUUAAAAUAUAUAUACUUUUCUAUAAAAAACAAAUAUGAAAAAAUAAUUAAAUUAUGAAUUGAAGGAGCCUUAGGAGGUUAAAUAUAAGUAUAUGAAUAAGGAGGUUGUAGGGUAAAGAGUAUAUAUAAUUUACUUUAAACGAUUAAUUCCUUAGUAAUUUGAUAUACCUGUUAUAAUUUAAACACGUUCCUAGGUACAUUUCAUACUCAACAUGUUACAAUAAUAAUCAGAUAUAAUCUGACUACUAAAUGUUAAACUACUAAAACUUAUUUAUAACUGGCCUGAGAGUGAAAUGUGCACCAUUUGUAAAAUAAAUCAUGAAAUGUAUAAUGUAAGUAAUUUGACAGUAUUUAUAUAAUGCUUCAGUUGUUGUUACUUAUUAUAAUGAAAAUACAGAUUGACUUCAAAUAA